CCCACAUCCCCUCCCUCUCCCCCAUGUUUACUUCAAUUUGCGUUUUACACCCAUGUCCUUGACAGCACCACAAGGCUGACUACGACAUCCUUCUCGACUUCAACGUCAUGGCCAUCUACACCGAUGCUGCGCCGUCGGUGGCCGGCAGUGUCAUUAUGCUGACGACGCUCGCCUUUUUAACUUUUCUCGCCCGGGUAUACUGUCGAGCUACCCGGAAGUCAUGGGGGGUGGAAGACUGGAUCAUGUCAGGCGCGUUGGUUCCGUUUGCCGUACUGGUGGCUGGAUGUGUGGGAGGUGCAUUCAAUGGGAUCGGGAUACAUAACUGGCGGCUGGAACAGCCGGAGAACGUGCACUACCAGGCGGACGGCAAGAAGUUCUUCCUCAUUUUCGAAGUUGGUUACUGUGCUGCCAUUAUCCCGAUCAAGCUCAGUAUUAGCUGGAUGUUGAUUCGAGUCGCGGAGGGGCGCAAGGUUUACCUCUACAUCCAAUAUGUGGUCAUCGCAAUUUUUGUGAUUAUGAACAUCAUCGCAUUGAUCUUCAUCCUCAUCAAUUGCGUCCCUGUCGAUGCUGCCUGGAAUGAGGAGGCACUUAAGAACGGAGGCCACUGCCAGCCUUCCCACGUCCUUGCCGAUGUGUACUACGCCUGCACGGCUGUGAAUAUCUUGACCGACUGGGUGACUGCUUUGCUGCCUGUUCCCUUGCUCUGGAAUGUCCAGAUCAACCGCAACACCAAGAUCUCGAUCGUCGGACUGAUGGGCCUCGGUAUCUUUGCCUCGAUGUCAGCAUGCGUUCGACUCAAGUACACGGUCGCCGUAACGGCGCAAUCCGACUACCUCUUCGGCUUGGCAAACGUGGUGAUCUGGGGGUUCGCGGAGAACGCGAUAGGUAUGAUUGUCGGGAACAUCGCGACGCUGCGUCCCUUGUUCCGCAUCCUGCGCGAUCGAAAAACCUCCGAUUACAAGAACUACAAGCGAUCGCCUGGCUUCAACAGCUCGCACCAUACCGGCGCCGGCGGCGUGUUCUCGCGCACCUACGAGCUCGCCGAGCAUGGCAAGAACCCCACCCACAUCACCACGAGCACUGUGGCUGGAGACGGCCGUCAACACAGCUUCAGCGACGGGGACAGCGACCGACAGAUCCUCGAGGACGGGCAGAGGCCCGGCGAAGCUGAUAUCGUCGUCAGUCGACAGGUCAUCGUGGCGUAUGGCUAACAUUAUGGAUUGGGAUCGGUUGGAGUUGGGUCUGGAAGGGCGGCUAUCUGGG